AUUUUAACAAUCGAUAGUAUAGCUCCUGCAUCACGGAGUCGGUCCUUUUUUAGACCCUGCUGAGCGAAAUUCAAUAAAGAGCUGCGGCAUUCUUACUGCCCGGGUUGUUUGAUGAGCGGAAAUCUAUUUGUCGAUGCCAGAUGGAGACCCUUCAAUAAUACUUGAGUAAGGCUGUUCCACCAAUAUUAUGUUCUGUUUUAGCGCCAACCCCCCAAGCCUGAAACAAGAACAGCAACAGACAAGGCGCUGACGUUCUUUCGUUUUACUAGUUAUACACAACUGUAUCACAUCAAUCCAUUUCUCUCGUUAUAAAUCUCGUGUCCCGGGAAUGGCAACGAUUGCCAGCAAACCUAAGGUGGAACUCCUCCAGGCAGAGGCAGCUGAAGAUGACCAGAGCUUCUUGCGUCUUCUGGUCGACGGUCAAAGUAUCAAAUAUGUCACUGUCGAACCUGGCCUAUACAGCACGGAGGAUUUGUGUUUCGGACCGUCUCUGGGUUCCAUUCUUCCAGAUUUUCCUCCGGGAGACUGGAACGAUGGGCUGAUAGCCAGAAACACAACUGACGGCAAGCCUUAUUUUGCGCGUGCUACCCGAACUCAGUUCCCUGGCGUGAGGCAUCAAUGGCACGAAACCUAUGUCGAUUACUUCGACCUCAUGGUCGGAGCGAAGCUGCGAACGGGUAUCUACGAAGUCCAAUGUCCACAAUUUGAGGGAAUUGUCGUCGCCAAGUUCGCCCGCUUCGAAUGGGAGAUCCAAUAUCUCGAGGACGAGACCACUGCUUACAGAUGGAUCGACGGCCAUAGCAUUGGACCACGAUUCUUGGGCCAUUUGACUGAGAAUGGCCGAGUGAUUGGAUUCCUGAUGGAACGCAUCACUAAUGCACGGCAUGCCGGUCCAAACGAUCUUGCGGCCUGCCAGGAGACAUUGCGUCGGCUACAUCAACUGGGGAUUCGGCAUGGCGAUAUAAAUCGGCACAAUUUUCUUAUUCUUGGAUCAACAGCUGUUUUAAUUGACUUUGAGUCGGCUCGUAAAUGUGAUGACCAAGAUGCGCUAUGCGAGGAGUUCGACUCCUUGCCAAGGUUUUUAGGAGAUGAGUCUAAUAGAGGAGGGGGCGGGAUUCUUUGCACAGAGCCAAAUUAGUGAAUUAUUGUGUUUCUGGCGAUGUGGUGCAUACGAUGAAAUGUUUAUGAUAAAUCCAGAAAUCCAGGCAGUAGUUACCUACCUAGGUAGGUAAGCAGGUAUUAAAGCAGUGUUGACGGCGGCGAUAAGGAUUUACUUACAUAACCCCGGGGCCUAGACCGAAAUUAGACCAAAUCCAGUAUCUUCCUCUCUCGCGACGCGUUC